GACGUUGGAGCGAUGAGCUCAUUUCCGACUCUAAAAUUUAUGAAUUAACCAGAGCCCGUCUUAUUAGACAUUCUCUGAAUUAACCUAACGUUAGCCUUCUUCAUCACUUGCAUUUACAAAUAACUGUUCCUAUAUACUUGAAAGGAGGCAAACAAAUCACUUACGAAGGCGUUUCUCACCGUUCUGGUCAUGUCGGCGGCGGACCUGGAUCUGUCACCGCCGGAGGUUCCGGAGCCCACUUUCUUUGAGAGUCUCCUCCGUUAUGGACUCCUGUUAGGGGCCAUCUUCCAGCUAGUCUGCAUCUUGGCUGUGGUAAUGCCCUUCAACAACAGCUACGAACAGGAGGAAUCUGCAGAGAAAAGUGAAACGAAGUCUGGAGACCAAACCAAGAAGGCCAAAGGGCCUGUUCCUCAAGCCCGCCAGAAACCCAAAAAAGAAAGUAAAAAGAAGAGAUAAGUGUGUGUGUCUGUGCACAUACUGUGUCUGUGCACACACUGUGUACCAGUGUAUUUAUGUUCCUGCAGUGAUUCAGGCUUGGAAAUGCUGCAGUUUUUGCAUGAAUCAUUGAUGUAAACACCUCCAUGCUGAGGUGUUUUACAGCUCUGGCAUCAACCAAUGCUGUGCUAUUUUAUAGUACGAAUGAUACGAAUGACCACUGAGAAAUACUUCUUCAGUGCAAGUGUGUACUGUGGUGCUUGCAGCUACAGUCAACACCCUGGGUUAACACUACCAGUGACACAUAAUUACACCAUGACACAUAAUUACUCUGUGACUGGUGGACAUGCCAUUCUAACGAACAUAAAACUAUUGUUGUUUAACUGCUGACAAAACGACAGAGUUGAUGUGUGAGCAAAUCUUGACAGUAUGGGAUGCAAUAUUUUAACACAGACAUCAUGUUUUCUGUCUUGUUUUGUGUGUGUGUGUUUUUUAUACAUUUCUAUUAAUCUCUUGGGAUAUCAUGAGGGUGUCAGGGCCACUACUUAAGUUGCACACAGGAUGUCAGCCUUCAGUGGGCCCUGUGUUGUUAAAUCCAAAUCGACCACUACAUGUAAUAAAAUAUUGUUCUUCAAUGUAAAAAUCCUGUUGUUGUGCAAUACUUUUCUUCUGAAUGUAUUUAAUGUUGUAUGAUGAUCUAAUAGAUAAAUCUUAAAAUUACUGAUCACAGUACCGAUCACGUUACAGAUCAAAUUGUUUUUGGUUGAUAUUUUAUUAAAUAUCACAAUUUAUGAGAUUACAGACUGUAAAAAGAAUUUUGGAAAUCUCAAUACAUGGUGUGAAAGUUACAGACAUCAGAUUAUUUAUUUAAUGUACAGUUAAAUACAGAAUGCAGAUGUCCUACUAUGUAGAGAUCUUAUUCAGACAUCAGAUUAUUUAUUUAAUGUACAGUUAAAUACAGAAUGCAGAUGUCCUACUAUGUAGAGAUCUUAUUCAU